AUGUCUUCUCUUCUCUCAGAGUGUUUGUAUGAGAUCAGGCAACAGGCUGCACCUCCCUGUAAGGAUUACCACCAACUCACAGUCACCCAGACACAGGUGGUUUUCAAGGUGUGGAGAGUGUCCUGUCCUCUACGACACGAGAAACCACAACCUGCAGAAAGCAAGAAAUCACACACAGACUUCCUACAGGAUAGCCACGCACAAGGUCACAUAGGGCGAGUGUUUGGUCCACACACUCUGGACUAUGUGGUGAACCUGUGCUGGCAUCGCUAUGACUACCUGGUCCGGCUCCCUGAUUGGCUGCUCCUGAACAUCCUGUCCUUCCUGGAGUGGGCGGAUAUUAAGAAUAUCUCCCAGACCUGCAAGAGGCUCCAACAGCUAUGCUGCAGUGAGGGGUUUUGGGCGCAGGGGACAGCUGGGGCCAGGUACGGGCAGAGUGAGGUCACUAUGGAGGGUGUGAGCCCUACUCUACAGCGCCGUCUGGUGGUGUUUCACAGAAGACAGGUGCUCUCCCGUCUGGCCCAGCAGCAGCAGCAGCACAGCAAGAGGAACAGUGUCUGGCACCUAUGAAGGAGUUAGCCUGGUCACGCAGCGCUCUCGUUUCGUUUUACUUCAACAGAAUGUCAGCUAUCGCACGAUCAGGCAGAUUUCACCAGAAUACAUGUGCGAGGGACAGAGGAGCAAAGUCUGUCUGUCUGUCUGUCUGUCGUGUGUGUCUCUCAAACACUUUCAAGAUAUUUUAUUAAUCUAUUAUCAUUACAUUUCAAUCAUCUUAUCAUCUAUUAUCAUCUAUCAUUUCAAUCAUCUAUUACAUUUCCAUGACCUGGAAAAUAGUUAUGUUAGGCACAUAUGGCAGAGUUA